UCGUCGUUUGGUUUGUUUAUUUUUGUUCCGUGAUUCAAAUUUGUUAUUUAUUUCAAUGGGAAACAAGAUUAUUAGGAAGGUGAUGAUUAUAAUUUCCUAGGUGAUAUUUCAUCCCCCAAUUCUCACCCCAAGUGUGAGUAAUCGAUAAUAACAUGGAAACAAAAACCCGUCCAAAUUUCUGGUGGUUGAAAUCGGCCCCGACAACGCCCGCACCAACAACAGAAAAAGACGGGAAUUUAUCAGUUCCUAAGCUGAAUUUGCGUCCGUCCACUUCCUUAGUAGACCUUUUGGAAAAAGAUAAAGAGAACGUUGAAUCUGAUGUAGAUGUGGGCAGUAUCAUAGAAGAAAUAAACAGAGUGGCAGCACAAAGUCCCCUGGGUCCUUAUGAAAAGCCCCUUGGUGAUAGAAGCAUAGACGAUCUGAUGAAAGAAGCAGAAAAGAUCUACCUAGAAAGUUCAAAGAGCUUUGAACAGUUGAGUCAGAGGAGCAAGACCUCCCAAAACAUAUCAGAUUUGAUUUCAAAGGAUUCUACACCUACUCCACAAAGUUUGAGUCCAUUGCCAAUGGAUCCAGAGCAUAGUGAAGAUGACUAUUCAGAAGAUUUUUCUGAGGAGAGUAAACUGGAAACAACUCCACCAGCAAAUAAAAUCAUUGAGCUGGUACAAGAAGAGACAAAUAUAAAAAAUGAUAAGGAUAAUAAUCCAGAUAAUAAUAUUGACACUAAUAGAAGCAGGGAAAAUGUAUCAAGCAUUUCGAGGUCUAAAUCAGUAGCAACUUUGAAAGAUUCACAAAGUAUUAGAGAUAGAAUGAUUAAGAGUCUGUCAGCUAGUCAAUCUUUAGGUCAUAGUUUAGUUGUAGAUUCUGCCAAGUUCCACAAAGAUGAACAGUUUGAGCAAAUUAAGUCUGAACUAGAAUUGAAGAAUAAUUUGAUAAGUACUUUGGAGGAGAAUAAUAGGAGUUUGAAAUUUGACAUGGAGGAAGUAAAGCUGCAAUUACAAAAAACAAACGCCCUGCUGGAACAAACCAAAGCCGCCCUAGACGCCAAAACAACCACCUCCCCGGCACUGAACCUGGAACUGGAAAACACUCUGGAACAGCUCAAAGACUCCAGAGAGAUAAACACUGCUCUACAACUGCAGCUGGACACCGUAAACAGAAGCCAACAGAACUUGAAGAGCUCCUACGACGACCUCCUGAACUCGACCAAAAUUUUGGAGAGACGCCUCGGGGAAGUGGAUUUCACUUUGUCCAAGUACAAAGACGAAAUAAUCGAUUUGCAAAAUGCCAAAGAGAAGUUGCAGCACAACGAAGCAAACCUCAAUAAGCUCUUGGAAAUCGAGAAGCUGCAAACGAAAAGCUUCAAGUUGCAGCAUGAAAGGGACGCCAAAUGCAUCCAGGACCUCAACAGGCAAAUCAAAGAAAUGGAAAGAAUCAUAGCGAGGAAGCACCCGGACUCCGUUUCCGCUUUGAUAGUGGCAGCCAAAGAAAACGCCACCGAUACCAAUAGUACUGCCAGGAAGAUCCUGGAAGACAGGAUAAAGUGCCUGGAAAGGGAACAGCUAAGCAGAGAAUCGCAGUCUUCGAAGGUGUUCGUGGAGAUCCAGGAGAAGUUCAAUCAGAUGAAAGACAAAUAUGAGAGUCAUAUCGAGGAUUUGGAGACGCAUGUCAAUGAUCUGAAGGACCAGCUGAAAAGGAAGGAGAAAAUCCCCCACAAAGAACAUUUCUCCGUGUCCACGCAAACGGAUCCGCUUCCCAGCAAACCGCCGAAACCGUUACCGGCCAAAAAACAUUUCGAAAAUACGAAGGAAGACGCCCAUUUGUUGGCGACGAUCAGAGGUCUUCAGACGGAUUUAGCCAAUAAAGAGAAAGUCAUCGUUCGACUGCAAAAGGAGCGCGAAGGCAGCUUGAAGAACCUGCUGGACAAGAACUCCUUCAGGAGUUGCCCGGAGAAGUUGUCGUCGCAGGCGAGAUCGAACAGCGCCAGCUCGGAAAAGGAGUUGCGAACGGAAAAGGAGUUACGAACGGAAAAGGAGUUGCGAAACGAGAAGGAGUUGCGUAGGGAGGAGGAGACUUUGCAGAGGUUGAAAAGCGAGAGGGAUACGUUGAGGAGGCAAGUGGUCGGGCUGGAGGAGGAUUAUCGGGCGCUGAAGGCUAAGAGAAUACAAGACGUGAGUUUCGAUAUUUUUAAAUCACUUUAUUUCUACUGUUGA